AUGGCAACUCUCAAGGAUCAACUGAUUCAGAAUCUUCUUAAGGAAGACCAUACCCCCCGGAAUAAAAUUACAGUUGUUGGGGUUGGUGCUGUUGGCAUGGCUUGUGCCGUCAGUAUCUUAAUGAAGGACUUGGCAGGUGAACUUGCUCUUGUUGACGUCAUGGAAGACAAACUGAAGGGAGAGAUGAUGGAUCUCCAGCACGGCAGCCUAUUCCUCAGAACAUCAAAAACUGUCUCUGGCAAAGACUAUAAUGUGACUGCAAACUCCAAGCUGGUUAUUAUCACAGCUGGGGCACGUCAGCAGGAGGGAGAGAGCCGUCUUAAUUUGGUCCAGCGUAAUGUGACCAGCUUUAAGUUCAUCAUUCCUAAUAUUGUAAAAUACAGCCCAAACUGCAAGUUGCUUGUUGUUUCCAAUCCAGUGGAUGUCUUGACCUAUGCGGCUUGGAAGAUAAGCGGCUUUCCCAAAAACCGUGUUAUUGGAAGUGGUUGCAAUCUGGAUUCCCGGUCCCGUUACCUAAUGGGGGAAAGGCUGGGAGUUCACCCGGUAAGCUGCCAUGGGUGGGUCCUUGGAGAGCAUGGAGACUCCAGUGUGCCUGUAUGGAGUGGAGUAAAUGUUGCUGGUGUCUCCCUGAAGAAUCUGCACCCUGACUCAGACACUGAUGCAGAUAAGGAACAGUGGAAAGAGGUUCACAAACAGGUGGCUGACAGUGCCUAUGAGGUGAUCAAACUGAAAGGCUACACUUCCUGGACCACUGGAAUGUCUGGGGCAGAUUUGGCAGAAAGUAUAAUGAAGAAUCUUAGGCGGGUGCAUCCGAUUUCCACCAUGAUUAAGGGUCUCUAUGGAACAAAAGAUGAUGUCUUCCUUAGUGUUCCUUGUAUCUUGGGACAGAAUGGAAUCUCAGACGCUGUGAAGGUGACCCUGACUCCUGAGGAAGUGGCCCGUUUGAAGAAGAAUGCAGAUACACUCUGGGGGAUCCAAAAAGAGCCGCAGUUUUAGAGUCUUCUAAUGUUGUACCACAUCACCGUCUAGACUACAACGGGAUUUUUAGUUGGAGGUUGUGUAUAUCGUGUUCUGUUAUUCAAGUAAUAACGUUAAAAAUGGCCUAGGAAAAACGUCAGUUUCCUAAGUUACAAAUAGGAAUGGUUCACAAAGCCUUGCGGCUACAUCCUGAUGCUGGAUGGUACCCAUCUUGCGUCGUCCCAAGUCAGUUAACGUGAAACAGUUCCACUGCCUCAGAGACACCACCGCCCAUAAUGAAUAUGCUGCAGUUCGCUAUUCAAACCAGAUGUGUAUUUACUGUGUGUUGUAUGACUUACUUCUGGAUCCUUCACCCAACAUGCCUCGUGCAACUUUUGUUUUCUCCAGCCAAUCACAUCCUGGGAUCCAAUGUUUAAAUUCAGCAUUGCAUGUAUUGUGCGUAACUGCUCUAAAGGAUCUUAUUUUGUGUACGGUGUAAGUCAGAACAUAGUGAACGUUGCCAUAUGAUGUAAAAAGAAAGAUCUACCUAUAAACGAUGCAACCAACUAUCUUAAGUGUCACACCAAGCAACUAACAUAUCAAAUAAGCUUCGAACAGUGAAAAAAAAAAAAAAAAAA